AUGUCAGUGUCAGGAGGCGGUGAGGCCCAGCACUUCCCAGGGAACGGGCAGCCUGAAAGCUCCCAUUCAUCCACCACCCAGCGGCCCGGCCUCUCUCGCCUGACUUCUGGGGCACACAAGGUGUUUGCAAGGUGCCAAAAGAAAAGACACACUCGAUCUGUGAUCGUAAAACGGGCAUUUUACUGGCGCGCCCUCUGUGAUUCGGUUACAAGGCAGACACUCCCUCGGCCCGGCUGUCCCCUGCUGGCCAGGGCCCUUUACUUGGUGGUCCUCCCAGGCUUUGGGGCCCUCAGGGAGCCCCAACAGGCCUGCAAAGGGGAGAGCAGCCAGCAUCACGGGUCCUCAGCAGACCCCGUGGAUGUGCAGGGGAGACCGGGGCUCCCCAGGGCUGUUCUGGGGCAGAAGGUAGCACUGUGCAUGGUGGGGAUGGAAGGAGAAACAGGGGGUGUAUCCCAGCCAGGGGACACAUUUGACUCAGUGCCUUAUCCACGGCGUGAAUCAAAGCAGCGGAUACAGCGGUCCUGGGGCCUCAGUUUCCCUGCAGGUCAGAAUCUCUGGGAAGCAGAGCCCGAGAUGGAUUUAGGGGCACCUGAGGUUCACGGGGGAGCAACAGCUAUAAAAAGAAGGAAGGGGUGCCAGACUGGGCAGGGGGCGGGGCACCAGCUCAGGACUCGGAACUGA